AUGUUUGUUUUAUUAAUCGGUUGUGUGUUUCAAUUCAGUUUGAUAAAAGACAGUUUAUCAAAUCAAACACAACCAAAUCACUUGGAAGUAUCCUUAAAGGACGUUAAUACAUUAUUGGCUGACCUAGAUGAUGAAAUAGCUGUCGAGAGGGAAUUAUUAUCUCAAAUAGAUGAAACAGAUGCCGCUGCAGCUCAAGGUAAUUUUGAGAUGAAAUUAAAUAUCGAUCCGCCUCCAUUCAUUGAAAGAGAAUUUGAAGAGUCAGCACAUGAAGGAGACCACAAAUAUUCUCCUCGCUCUGAUGAAUCACAUGUGACAUGGCAACAGAGAGAUAUGCUUACAUGGCCAAGUGAAAAAGAUACAAAAAUUGUGCCAGACAUGCCAGUCCUUCAACAUGAGUGGGCCUUAGAAGAUCCAUUCGGACAAGCAACUCAGUCAGUCAGUCCCGUCACAAUCACAAAAUUAACAACAACAGUAACAAGAUAUCAAAGUCAAACACCAGAUGUUAAUAUUAAUCUUCAUGACCAUCCAUUUAGAAGAAGUAUCAUAAAGUUCAUGCAAGAAGAACAAGUCAAAUAUGUUUGUGCGUUUGCGAAAGCAGUAUUUGCAUCAAUGGUUCGAAAAAGUGAUGAAGAUGUUAAAGUUAUUUUAGAAGCAUUUGCAAUAACCGUUAUACGAAUGGCGGAUAAAAAUGAAUUGAUCUGCUUAAGCAAGGUGUUGCAGGCCCGAGUAAGGGAUGUAGCAACAAUGACCUUAAAGCUUGAACCUAUACUUUUUAUAAAAAUGUGUAAAGCUUUUCUUAUUGCUCUGAGACAUCGACUGACAACCUUUCCUGAUGGAAUAGACCUAUUGAAAGUCUAUGACCACUUCUUCAACAUUAAAGAAGGAAAUCAAUUGCUGGACGUAAUCGUUGCAGUGGAUAACUAUAAUGUAAAAGAUUACGGUAAACCACUUGCUAUGACACUGGCUGAAAAAUGUAUUCGAGUAUUAAUAGCACCAAUUAUUCGCCUGUGCGGCUCACCUCAAGUUCAAAAUUUCAUAAAUAAAGUAAAUGAUGUGUAUGAGAAAAGAUUCCUAUCGAAACGUCCAAUGCCUAAAAAUAUCGCAUAUGCUUUAAUGGACGCAGCAUCUUUAGAGCCGAUGCCGUUACAGUUAAUGCAGAUAGUACUAAGACAUGUUAACACACUAUUAACUGACGUUAACAAAAAAGUUGCUACCGAGAGGAAACUACUCUCUGAAUUAGACAACCGUAAUAAGAAAGACACGUUGAUUCAAGUAAAAAGUAAAAGUAUAAAAGAACAUGGGAUAGCUUGGAAUGACCAGAACUUAGAAGUUACUGAUACAAUCGAAAAUUCUGGCAAGCCUUUAGAUUCUGAUGCAAAAACACUACAGCUAUUAAAAACGUUAUGGGAAUUUCCGAAAGAGACUCUUUCAGUGCCUGAUAUACCAGAGUUUGAACCAGACCCUUUUGAUGACGCAAUUUUUACUGCACCAACAACAACAGUGAAACCUGAAAAUCCUUUGGAUCAGACAUCUGAAAAGAAAGCUAUGCUAUCCUUUAUGAAGACAAAUGAUGUCAAUUAUUUUUAUGGGUCUGCAAUAGGGUUCCUUGACAUGAUAAUGAAAAAACCUUAUGACCUGUUGCAAGAUCUUUUAAUUGCAUUUCGGAAAACAAUUUCACGUCGUGCAUUAGAAAGCAAUAACGCAGUUGCUAUGAAUCCUGAAAUAAGAGAAGUACUCCUGCAGUAUGACAGUUUGUUUAAUGAUGAAGAAGGAGAUGAGUUAUUGGAUAGUGUUGUAAUGCUUCACAAAUAUUCCAGAUAUGUAGAAAACUAUGAUGAACAUGCUGCUAAACUGAUUAAAAGGUUUAUUGAUGCUGCGCUAGCUCCCACAGUGCGCUUAUGUGGGUCGUACCAACUAAAAACUUUAAUUGCAGAAAUAAAUCAAGUUUAUAGGUCAAAUUACCCAAAUGCUGCAGUAAGGAAUUUAAAUACAACUGACGCCCGCAACCACGGAGAUAGCCCUCAUGACAGUGCUCAUUCUUACCUCGAUCUGGCUGCCGAUGUCUCACAAUUAUUGCAAACAUUAUCGCUACCACAAAGUCACAUUAUAGGACACAGUAUGGGUGGCAGGACAGGAAUGGCUUUAGCUUUAAAUGAGCCGACAAGAGUUCAAAGUCUGAUUGUAGUAGAUGUAUCUCCGAUAAUUAGAUCUCCGAAUCCUGUAAAUUCUUCAGUUGCAAGUCUCAUAGCGGCUAUGAAGAAAGUUAACUUUCAAGGAACUGAUAGUGGUCAUAAAGCGAGAUCCAAGGCAAGGAAAUCAUUGGUAGAAGCUGGAUUUGAUAAAAGGAGUUUAGAUUUUAUUUUAAUGAGCAUACACGAACGGCCGGACAAAACUUUUGCGUGGAAAUAUAAUUUAGAUGCCUUGGCGAAUAGUUUUAAUAAAAUUGCUACGUUUCCGGACGAACUUAAACGAAAACAGUACACAGGUCCAACCUUGUUUAUUGGAGGUGGUAAAUCGGACUAUAUACGAAAAUCUGAUGAACCAGCCAUCAAAGAGUUGUUCCCUCAAUCUUCACUAACAUACAUUGAACACGUAGGUCACAACGCACACUUUGAAGAUCCACCUGCUUUUCUUAAGAUUGUUUUAGAUUUUUAUGCUAAACAUUUAUGA